CCCCAAUUUUGUAGUCUUUUUACCAUUGUUUUCCAUUUUGUUUUCUCCUUAUCAUGGAGAAGCCACCAACCUUUAUCAGGCCACCGCCGCCGUUUCCCCAGCCUGAAAACACGACUAACAUUACCAUCAUCAGCUCACCUCCGCCACUACCUGUCUUUUCUUCACCACCCCAAACUGUUACUAUAGUGAACUUCUAUCAACCUCCUCCUUUCCCCGAUUCACCAAGAAGCGUUGAUUUAUCCCCACUCGAAUUCAUCCUCGCCCUUUUGACCGUCAUAACCAUCCCCGCUUUGAUCUACUCUUUCUGCUUCGCCGUCAAAUGCCCUCCUUGGUCUUCCCGGGAUCGUCACGGUGAACCUCGAGAGCUUUCCACCGACAGCCAUGGAGUUGGUGGUAAUGUUGUUGAAGUAACCGAGACGAGGAGGAAGCCGGUUUUGGGUCUCAAGUAUAAAAAAGAGACGCAUUCUAAAGAGAUCGGGAACGAAUGUCCCGUUUGUUUAUCGGUGUUCGCCGACGGGGAAGAGAUAAAGCAAUUGAGUGAAUGCAAGCACUCGUUUCAUACUACUUGCAUUGAUUUGUGGCUUAACAAUCACGACAAUUGCCCGAUCUGCCGGGCUCCCGUUGCUGUUAAGCGGCCAGGUAAUAACCGUAUGCCGUCGUCUGGUCCGGCCAGAGAUAGUGAUCACCAUCAAGGUUUACCGGAUGCAGCGACGCUGGUUUAACGCAUUUAUAGUUUAAUUUCUUGAUUUUUUUACCCCUUUUCUUAAAUUUUGCUUAAACUUCAAGAAUCGGUAGUAUAAUACUACAGAAUCCUGAUAGCAUAGGGAAUUCAGCCUUCAAACUUCUCUUAUAAUUGUGUGGUUCUGCUAUCUGAGAAGAACUGAAAGAUGGGUCGGAAAUGGAAGUAUCAGAUCCACACUUUUUCUCUGCAAUUCCUUGGUUUUUCCAUUUAGGGUUGGGCUUGCUUGUGAU